UCUUAAUUUGUUAUUGUUUUGCGUCCUUUUUCAAACAAAAUUAUUACUUAAAUUUGGAAAUAUUUUAAACAAUUUUUGUCAGAAAAAAAGUAAUUGUUUGUGCAUAUAAUUUAGACGCAUAAAUAUUAUGUCAAAUCGGUAUUAUCGAAGUGAGAACUGCGCUGAAACUAUUAACAAGGAGUUUUCAAUGGCUGGAACAUUUUUGCCUAAAAACAAUUCAAAAAUAUUUUCGUAUGAAAAAGAAUAUCUUAAUUUUGAAAAUGAGCUAUUAGACUUUCCUUUACGUGAUGUAGGCGAAAAAUGCGGUGAAAUAUAUAUUCUAAAUUGCAGCGGAGACGUUGUAUACAGUUGUCAUUUUUGUGAUGGCUAUUUCACGAAUAUAGGAAAGUUAAUUUAUCAUUGUUAUGAAGAACAUGGCUUCAAAGAUAAUCGACCAAAAGAAACUUUAACAUCGGUUUUAAAUAAAAAUAGAAUAGACAUAGGUUUGGAAUCUACACAAAAAGAGUCCCAAAACGAAGAAAAGAAUAAUGUCAGUGACACAUCGAAUCAGAAUGUCAAAGGAAAUUUUGCAGAUAAUGCAACCGGAAUGAGUGAAGCUCCUACACAUAUUAACUUACAAACAUCCAAUCUACCAAAAUUAAUACAUACCCCUGGAGGACAAAAAUAUUUAUUAGUAUCAGGCCCCGUUAUGAAUAAUUUUUCACCUCAACCGCACCACAUGCACUUUCAACCUACACAGCAAACAUUUGGUUUAGUGAAUCAGCAAUUUGCAAAUAACUUCGCUCAAAUUCCACAAAAUCAAGGUUAUAUUUACAAUUCUGGUCCUAUUCAUCAGAAUGUGCAAAGCACAUUUGUAAAUACCCCAUCACACAGUGUUUCUAAUAAUAUGGUUGGAGGGUCAUCUUCAGAACGGGUUCCAGAAGAAAAUGUUCAAAUGACAAGUUUUGAUAAUUUGAUUGAAUUUGAUAGCGGUUCAAAUUCUAAUCAAAGUCCGUCAAAUGUUCUUCACAAAGAUGUAGGUAAUACAAUAGAAGAAAUUGUUGCAAAUUAUCCGGAUGAAGAUAACAUUUUGCCACCUACAACAGCGGAACAGUUUGUUAUAACAACUGAAGAAACAUCUAAUCAGUGCGCGCAAACAUAUCAAGAUCAAGAAAAUGGGAACCCUGAUAUAAUAAGUGGAAAUAAGAUUGAAGCUCUUAUUGAAGAACUUGUAAAUUCAAACAGUAAUAGCCAACAAAACUAUAUAUCAGAAAAUGAAAAUAAUCAAACUAAUAUAGUUCUCUCCGGGAAUCAUGGACAAACUCUCUAUGUACAGAAUCAACCUUUUUUCCCAAAUAAUAUUCAAAAUGAUCCUGGUGAUAAUAUUAGGAAUCAUUCUAUAAUAUCACAUCAAGAUCAAUCCACAUUAUUGAAUAAUGAAGGAAUACAUCAAAACUAUAUUUUUGAUGGUCAACAUUUACAACCAGCAAAUUUUGUUGGUACGUCAAAUAACCAAAAUAGUGCCCAAAAUCUAUUUAUAAAAUUUAGCGAGAAUGAUGGUAAUAUAUACUUAUUAAAUGGAUUUAACAAUAACAUGAAUAUAAAUGGUAUCAUAGAUUCAAAUAAUCAAAUACAAAUUUCUACGCAAAAUGAAAUUAUCAAUGAAACGACCACAACUGAAGAGGUAAAUAUGGGGGAGGAAGAAAUUGUUGAAAGUAGAAAGACUAUGUCAAGAAAUAAUAAUUCUUCCUGUGAACAGCGAAUUGACAAUUAUUUAAAUGAGUCAUCAAAAGGACAGAGUCUUAUGGAAAAUAGUCCAGAAAAUUUAGCAAAUAAACAACAAUUAAGUACAAUAAAUGAACAAACAAUAACAACAGAGAAUAUUGAUCUUAGUAAUAUUCAAAUACAACAUGUUUCAGCAGAAGAAAUCGUUGCUGGUACAUCGUCGCAUAUACAUGAACAAGAAGUAGGAAUAAUGCAAUCUGACAUGGAAUUAAAUAUGCAAACUGACGAACAAUCACAAAGUAUAAUUUUACAAUCAUCUAAUGAGGGUAAUGCAAUGGAUAUUACGGAAUCAGAAUCUGAUAUUUUCAAUUCUCGACAAAAUAUUGAAGAAACUGUUGAUAAAACGCCAAAGGACAUGUUUUCAAUGAAAAAAACGAAUGAACCAAAGUUUUUAGAUAAUUUUCAAAAAUUUUUAGAAAACAAAAGAGACGAGGAUUAUACUCCUGACAUCAGAAUAAGUGAAACUGGAGUCAAUGAAGAUGACGAAGAAGACGACGCGAUUGGCGAAAGACACAGUGUAGGACCGGCUUCAGAAAAAAGUUCAGAUGCAUUUAAAAAUUUUGCGUGCAAAUUUUGUGGUAGAGUGUUUAAGGAAGAAUUUCAUUUGAAAUUGCAUAACGAUAGGGCACCUCCUACAAAAUGUGAACAAUGUAACUUAUUAUUUUGCAGUUCGAAAUUAUAUGCUAAACAUGCGAAAUCACAUGCAAAUGAUGAAACCCCCGUUAUAAAGUGUGACUUGUGUUCGUUAACUUUUCGAAGUCAACAUUUUCUUGAAAUGCAUAUGAAAAAUCAUAAUGAUGUUCGACCAUUUAAAUGCGAUAUUUGUAAAUCAACAUUUCGCUUUCAACGUUUUCUAGACUUACAUAAAAAUCGACAUUUAGGUAAAAAACCGUAUGCUUGUAAUUUUUGUGAGAAAUGUUUUUUUACUGGUACUGAACGUGGUCAACACGAAACGUAUCACUUAAUGAAAGGUUGCACAUUUAAAUGUAAAAAUUGCGAUGAAGAAUUUCCACAGCGUAGUUUUUUAGUAGAUCACAUGAAAACACACAGUAAUAUAAGGGUAUCUUCUCCGUUUAGUUCUAAUAAUACAUCUACUACAUUAUCACAGUUAAUAAAGAAGAAUAAUAGAAAUGAAUGUAAAAUAUGUAAAAUUGACUUUAAAACAAAUGAAUUAUUUAAAGAACAUCAAAAUUUACACGCAAAAGAUAAUGCGAAUAAUUCUAGUAAUAACCCUUUACUAUUGGAUGAAGAUAACAAAAUUGUAAUACAAAGCUAUAGUCAUAAUAAUGAUGUAAUUACUAUUAAUAUUAAUUCAAAUUUAAUACAUAACAAUGAUAAUUUAAAUUUAGAACAAAUAAAUUCUACGAAUUUUAACAGCACCAGUAAUAAUAGUAACAUGAACAAUAACAGAAAUAAUUUUGAAAAUAUUAGUAAUAGUUAUAAUAUAAAUCAUAGCAAUGUUACAAAAGAUAAUUUGUGUAAUGUUAAUGAUGGUAAUAAUAUGUAUGAUACGAAUAACGUAUUAGUUAAUCAAAAUAAUGUUGAAACAAAUGAUUCAAUGCAAUAUUUUAGUUGCCAAUAUUGUGAGAACAAAUUUUUAAAUUUGAAUAUUUUGAAUGAACAUUUAAUAUACUGUAAUUCAAACACAAAAAAUAAUUUAAUUAAUAAAAAUAAUAAGUGCAGGAAAUGUAAUGUAAUAUUGGUGAACUCCAAUGAGUUAACAAACCAUUUAAAUAGGCAUUGUUGUAUUGAAGAAGAAAUUGAUGUUGUUUUAUAAGGUUAGAUAGUUAUAAAAGAGAAUAAAAAAAAUGUUUCUAUAAUUGAAAUUGCAGAUUUUUUUUUAUUUUAAACAAAUAAAUUAGAAUAUAAUAUGUAAUUGCAUCAUUUGUGCUAAAUAAUUUUUAAUUUAGUUUUAGUUUGUUAAUUUUUACUUUA